AUGGAAAACAAAAACAAGGGUGGAAAAAAGUCCAAGCUUGUGAGGCUUAACAACUCACAAUUAAGCUUCUUGAAACGCCGCUUUAGCCUAUUCAAGAAGGCUAAUGAGCUUUCUACCCAUUGUGGCAUUGAAGUUGCUGUCAUGCUUGUGCUUCAGCGCAACCCUAGCGUUGAUGAACUGAGGCUAGGAACAGCUAGAAAGAAUGAGGCUUUGUUUGGAGCUUCUAUUGAGGAGCUUAGCUUGGAACAGCUUAAGGAAUUGAAAGCUAAAUUGAUGGAGGUGAGGGAGAAAGUAACCAACAAACUGGUUGAGCUCUUGAAGGAGGCUAAUGGUGGUGGUGGCUUUGAGAUCGCUCAUGGUUUUUAA